AAUAACCUCAAUCACCACCUUUGAUCAUCUAAGCGGCUGCCGGCCGAGCGAUCGACGGCGGGGGCGUACCUACGUUGUCUUGAUGAAAUGGUCAAUCAAGAAAGUUUCAACUCCAACAAAAAGAAAAAUUCCCCAGAGCACCGCCACCAAACCCUGUAUAUAAAAUUGUAAAACUUGCCAAUCUCUUCAAUUCCCAUUUCCAUCCUCAUUGAUUCUAAUAAUUAGCUGUAUGUUGAAGAAACCGAAAUUAUAUGUUACCAUGUUUAGAUCUCUCACUAAACGCAAAAGCCCAUACAGCUAUAAGCAAUUAGCCGACGACGCUGCUUUGGUCGCCGCCGAUCAUGGCGGCGGCGAGCCCAAGUUGAGCAGAACAAGAAGCUGGCCGCCGCCUUCAGCCAAGAAGAAAGUGAUGUCCACUACAUCAGAGUUGCAUAAUUUUCCGGCGAAAUCGCAGGCGAAACAGAUGAGGAAGGUCAGCAAGAUUCUCCCCAUUUUCAGCGUUUUCGACGGCCGGAAAAAGAAGAAGGCGACGGCCCGGCCGGAGUUCUCAAGGUACCUCGAGUAUGUUAGGGAAGGUGGGUUUGAAGGCGUGUUGGACAUGGACACAACUAUGAGGGCCUCUGCUACUAAUUCUCAUGUCUGAAAUAUCAAAUAUGACGUGUGUUUUCGUUUAAUUUAAUAUAUUUUCGUGUAAUUAUUGAUUCCUCUUAUAAAA